AUAAUCGCUGAACUCAUCACUUCAAAUUGCAGACCGUUCUUUGUGAUAGUGGUGGGGGAACCUACCUCUAGCCAUCCCCACUACUGUGACCGGGGAUGACCGCUUUCUACCUGAGGCGGUUGGACCCAGACCCCGUCAGUUGCCCGUUUGUCAGUAUCCAGGUGACAGUGGUUGAGUAGCGUUCUCGUUUUAAAGAAAGUGUACGCUUUAAAGAUAUCUUGUUAUUUUAAGAGUGUAGUUUUUACAGUGUUUUUAUAGAAUUAUAAGGCAGUGUGUCAUCAUGGGCCGACGCAAGAGUAACAGAAAGCCUCCUCCAAAAAGAAAGGCGGUUGUGCCCUUGCCAGUAGAGUUCAACUGCCCAUUCUGCAAUCACGAGGGAUCGUGUGAUGUGACGAUGGAUAGAGGACGUAGAUCUGGGAGGAUAGCGUGUCGAGUUUGUUUCGAGGACUUCCAGACAACCAUCCACUUCUUGACAGAGCCUAUUGACGUCUACAAUGAUUGGAUAGACGCGUGUGAGACUGCCAACUGAAUCCCCACUGCGUAUGCAUUGCGGUUCUGGUUGGUGACUGAAGAAUAAAAAUUAUCAAUAAGGGCAGUUUUGUAUCUUUUUUAUUAAUAAAAUAUUGUAUGUAUCGUAUAGUUAUGGCUUGAUACGGACAAAAUUGUAUUCACAUUUAUAUUGCAUAGAUUAAUU